CUUUCGUCCGGUACGGUUGUGACAUUUCGCACGAGUGGUCGCGGUUACCGGGUUAGAGAUUUGCCGUCCGAGCCAAUGGAUAUUUCAUUUACAUUCUCCUGAAGAAGUGGAAAACCGUUCUUGGACCCAGCAACUGGUGUGGGUGGCCGCUCGACCGCUUUGCAGCACGUUUCGAAACUGCACACGGAACUCCCUGUGACACGCGGACACGCUAUGGCUGAUUUAGUGUGAAAGUGAUUUUGUUGUGCUCCGCUGUUCGUGGGUGUGCUGCGGCUGUCACGAUGGGGUCUCUAUUAUCAUCUAAUUAGGAUCAGUGUUACCGAAAGGGGCAAAUCGUUCGGCUGUAUCAUCAAAUUUCGUGUUUGUUUAUGCGGUUGGUGGAAUAAGCGAUGAUGCGCUUAGUGGUGAAAUUUUGUUAUAUAUUUAGUUAUGAUUUUUUUACUGGCUUGGGCGUUGAAUACCUCGUGGAUGGCAGGAUGGCACCAGUUGACUUUCGCUGUUAGAAGGCAAAAGGUCUGCAAAGCCGGUGCCCGAAAUGGCAGUGGUGGCGGUGCAUUAGCAGAGAAAAGGGUCAUCGAGUGAGUGUGGCUGCACUUAUCCAGCCCUGUGGUAGCCAAUUCGCGUAGCGACUAGAAAAUCGUUGGCUAACGCCAGACGCUCGAAUCGGCUGCGUCGUCAUGCUGUGCUUCAAUCUGAAAAUAGCAACCAUCUUCCGGACCUAUCGAGACACGGAUCCGGUUCGUGACCGGAGUCAGAGUUUGUUUACCCCGCCGCCGCGGGCACCCCACCGGGAUAUUGGGGCUCUUCGAGUGCUGCAACGACGGGCUUCCAGUGUGAUCACAUCCGCUACCGAGCUUAUAUCGCGACGAGGUGUUUUUUCCCGACGACACUAUGGAUCAGUGGAUCAGUUGCCGCAAUCAGAAAUCGACGGGCUGGACCCGAACUGUCGAAGAUUUCGUUUGGAAAACGGUGAAUCGCUGGCGGAAAAAGAUGAGGUUUUCGGUUCACCCAGCAUACCUAUCUUGGAGAACCCGGAACAUCAAACGAGAUGGUACUUCAAAUACUUCCUAGGAAAACUUCAUCAGAAUUACGUGGGGAUGGAUUCGGAAAAGAAUCCCUAUUUUCUUUCGAUAGUGUCACAGGAUUCCGGCAGCAAAUGUAUGCCACUCUAUCGGGUGAUGCUAUUUAGGAAACAGGGUGCCCAAAAGCUAGCGCUAUCCUACAACCCGCAGCAGAAAUUGACGGUCAAGCAGAUCCUAUCGAACUUCGCCCUGAUGGAUGCCAGCAAAUCGCCCAAGGAGGUAUUUUCGGCCGAUAUUCAGAAGGACCUACUGCUGCUAGAAGAACAGGAAGGUUCGGUCAACUUUAAAUUCGGCGUCGUCUAUAUGAAAGCCGGCCAGAAAAUGGACGAUGAGAUGCUGAGUAAUGAGCAUGGCAGCACCGACUUUGAUGAGUUUCUGGAAUUACUAGGCGAGAAGAUACGCCUCAAAGACUGGGAGCGGUAUCGAGGCGGAUUGGAUGUGAAAGGCGACAUGACGGGGAAGCAUUCGAUCUACACCCUAUACGAAGGCCACGAGAUUAUGUUUCACGUAUCCACGCUGCUUCCGUUCAGCCGCGAUAAUCGCCAACAGGUGGAGCGCAAGAGGCACAUCGGAAACGACAUUGUGAACAUAAUAUUUGUGGACGAGGGCUCCAGUGACGAUGGAAUCGAUUUCAACCCGAACAACAUCAAAAGUCAAUUUACGCAUGUGUUUGCGGUCGUUACUAGAAGAAACAAAAAGUAUCAGCUGUCGGUUUACUGUGAUGAAACUGUUCCUCCAUUCGGACCAACUCUCCCAAACCCACCAGAAUUUGAAGAUGCGGCCGUUUUCCGAGAUUUUCUGCUGGUCAAGCUAAUCAACGGAGAAAAAGCAACCUUCCAGACGCCCACCUUUUCGCGGAAACGUGAAAGGACGCUCGAAAUGCUGAUCAAGGACCUGUACGAGGAAUAUGUGCACGACAAUAAAAUGAACAUGCUAAACCGAAGGGCAUUCUCGGAGGUACUCUACGAUGCACCCCGGGCGUCCAAGCUGAAAGAGGAUGCCCGCCAGGUCGAAUUCGUUCGGAUCGGGCAGGCGCUCAAACUGGAGGCAAUUGUUCGAGGUGACGCACCAACUAGUAUAGCAUCAGCGGGGACAGUCUUCAAGCGACCACCCUGGGAACCGCAAUGCUUCUAUCCGACCUUUCAACCACGUAACGAUUUGGUUGGCGAUAGCUGGGGCCAAGAUCAACUUUUUCUUGCAUCUGACGAAGGAACAUAUCUUAUCAAAGAGGACCAGACGCAUCGAGUAGUUUUCGACCGAACACUGUGUGUGAAGCAACUUAGCGUAGUCGAAGACCAUGGGAUAAUGCUGCUGCGAGGUGGAUCGGCACUUCAAAAAGACGGUCAUCGAGUGCACGUGUUUCGACUGAAUGAGUUUACUGAUGAUAGGCUGGGUCAGCGUUCGAGAAUCGACGUUAAAGAUAGGAGAAUAGAUAAAACAAGAGGUUGUCACGUGUAUGCCAUUUCCAGGGCAGGGGAAGCUCACCUUAGGAUGGCUGUAGCCGUCGGUAGAAAAUUAUUGAUUUUUCAAUGGAAGCAUACUGCCGCGUGGACUUCAUGGUGUCCAAAUAGCGAUAACGAUACAGUAGAUGGUUUUAUUUUUCUUAGGGAAAUUACUCUGCAUGACUUGCCAACUAUUAUGACCAUACUGGAGGGAGCCUGCCCAAAUUCGGGGUUGCUGAUUUGUGUUGGAUUUAGACAUAGUUUUGAGGUUGUAUCGGAACUAACAGGGCAUUCCACUAAACUACACGAAGCAGAUACUAGAAAGCAGACUGCGAUCCAUCUGGUUGCGGCAUUGGAUUUGUACGAUGGACAGGAUACGGAGUUGCUGUUGUGUUAUAAUCAUACUUGCCAUUUCCAGAAACUUUCGGAUGAAAAUACGAACAACACUGAGUUCGAUUUCCAGUUUAACACGCCUCCAACAUCUGUGGUGUGUGCUUUUCCUUACAUUAUAGCGUUCACGCCGGAUUCGAUGGAAAUUCGACUGCUGGUGAAUGGCAACUUAGUGCACACGGUUAUGAUGGCGGAACUGCAGUUGAUAAGCGCUAAGAAAGACAUCUAUUUUGUAACAACAGCUCCGGAAUUCAUCCCUAAAGGUGCCAAACUUCGUGGUCCAGAUAGUGAAGACCACGAAAUGAUAAAGCCACGAAUUGAGGAGUGUAAAGUAGCACAGAACGAGGACAGCUCAACUAGUCCGGGAAGGAGCCGCCUCAGUUCCGAUGAAGAUAAUAACGGGGCUCAAGGCGGCGAAGGUCAAGAUAGCGUAUCAUCAGAUAGUAAAAGUUCCGUGCUGGCAACUCCUCAUAUACAGAGAGCCAAAUCUCUUCAAGGCUCAAAACCUGAUACGGAAAAAUCCAAAGAUGGUACUCUUGCUGUAGACGAUCUAAAGAGGACAAUAUCUAAAAGCAAUUCUUAUGGCGAAGCAGGUACUUCGUUCUCCAUACCUACCACAACCUGCAGCAAAGACCUGGCGAAACAUUUUGGCGCACAACCACAACCUAACACGAAGAAUCUCUGCAAGCACUUCGGUGAAGCUUCAGUACCUCCUAACUCACCGCAAAACAGCACAAUCGUUAAAGGAAGUUCCCCUGGAUCUCCAACUCGCAAAUCAUUCAUUCGACAGCCAACAUUAAAUCUAAACAAAUCGCAACAAAGUGAAGGCGACCCUUCACCUGCGAAUGGAAAUACAAGCAAACCGUUGCGAGUGUACCGAAUCCCGUUAACUAACCUAACCGGGACGCAUGUUCAGUCCCAUCAUUACCACUACCCGAGCACGGACCAAGCCAAGAAACCAACGGCCGUCGCAACCAAAAUGCAACAUGCAACGAAUGUCAGCGAAGUCAAACCACUGACUUCCUCCAAUGAAGAAGACGAACACGAAAUUGACACUUGUCCAGGUCCCGCCAGUUCCCGCGAGGAUACCGCGGAGAACCCCAAGAUUAGCCUAUUCGAUCAAAUUCAGCAGGAUUUACAGGAACUAAGCAGGAAGGAUAAGCUAGAAGCACAGGAAGAUUUAGCUAGUUCAUUGCUGACGUCUCUCUAGAUGGGGUUUGAAUAUCCAGGUCCAAAAUUCAAACUUUAUAGUGAAUGAUUUACACGCUCUUUCAAAAAUCCGCUCAAACUCUUGCGUCCCUCCAAAUCACGCCCACUUUACACGAAAGCCUGUUAACUUAUAAAAAAAACAACAACCACAAAACUAUUGAUUGCAAAUAUUAUAUUGCAACGCAGUAUCAUAGCAGAUCCGUUGAAAAGGUUUCAGACUUGAUUUUGAUUUGUUUCUGGACAUUAGAAUGUUGGCUAUGAAACCUGAUAGCUUCGAACAUGUUUUUUGCAUGAAAACGUCUAGCAGAUUGUCGCCGCCAAAGCUUAUAGUGGACCGAAACUGGCCGCCGUUGUUAUUGUUGCUGUUGUGCUGCAAAGAUUGUUCUUUACACGUUGUUCGGAGCGGUGCGCUUGAAAGGGAUCAGCCGAUGGCAGGGAAGGAAACUAACGUAUCAAAAACCAGGUGAUAGUAUUACGCUUCCUAGAAGCCGUCAUCCGUUAGUUCAAAAAGGUAGCAUUGAGGUUAGGGAGAUAGUAAGGCCAUACAGUAGAUAAUUUUUAGGAUGGAUGCAUACAGUGAGGUGCACUGGUUGGAUUAAAAUCGCAAAAAGAUGGUUUAUUGCACAUGUGGACUGAGCUCUAUCUGACAAUAUACAAAUAUGGUGGAAUGUUAGUGCUGUUCAUUUAACAUUUUUAUUUUCAAUUAGUUUCUCUCGAUAUAUAUUUUCGCUUUAAAAUUGCCACUCAAAAGCAUAUGAUAGUGGGCUAGUGGAUUUAUUUAAUUUGAAGGGGUACGAAACCUAUAGUUUCUUGGUGUACACUAUUGUUUUGAAAGUGAUAAAAAUUAAAAUGUUGACGAGUCCACCAUCCUCUAUAUACGAGAUUCUUUCGAAUUUUUUCUCAAUAUUUCAGAUUACAUGUUUUUGUCUGAGAGAACCGUGUCAGAAUUCAAUGAAAAUGAAUUCAUAAACAACACUGACAAGAAAAAUCUUUUGAUGUGUUAGUCCAAAUGAGGUUUCGGAAAGAAAAUGCAACGAUGCUUGGUUUAGUAAAGUUCCAUCGACUUCUGAGAGGAUGCUACAGACGGCGCGAAAUCCAUCUAAAGUAUCAAGAAACUGACUAUACAAUGCAUGAAUAGUUACCAUUCACUAAAAAACUGAUGAAUGUUGGACGUCAUCAAUUAAAUACGGUCUCAAAGAAAAUGCGACAGAUAAAAAUGAUCACCAAAAAAUCAUUUGAAGUCAAAUAAUUUUGAAAAUCUCAAGGGAUUAAUAAACACAAAUAAGCUAUAUUUUCGAAAAGUUGCUUUCUUCAACCUUCUCUUUGAUUUAAUGGUUUAAUGAUCGAACGUUGGAGGUAAAAGCGGUCCUUCUGCCGAAGGCUGGGAAGCCGCCAGGGGACGCAUCGGCAUAUAGGUCUAUCUAUCUGCUGGACACUGCGGGCAAGGAGCUUGAGAGGAUUGUCCUCAACAGACUGUGUGUAAACAAUCUGGUAAACAAUCUGGCAAGUAACCAACUCGGCUUCCCGAAGGGGAGGUUCACUCUGGAUGCUAUUCUCUUCAUUGUCAAGAUGGCUGAGGCUCCAGUGAAGAAAAGGACAUUCGUUAUUGCGCAAUCAUCACGCUCGAUGUGAGAUAUGUGCAACAGCACCGUCUGAGUCUCCAUAGCUCUUGGGCUAAAGAGCACCAAUGUACCAGUAUCGUUGUACAAGAUUCUGGAAAACUAUAUGCCAAAUCGAGUACUAGUUUACAACAUGGAUCAGAGGUGUAUCCCAAUCACCGCAGGAGUGCCGCAAAGUUCCAUCCGCGGCCCGGUAUUGCGGAAUGUCAUGUACGACGAAGGUAGAAGCUAAAGCUCCCUGCGACGAGGCGAUCUCAGAGGUUGAGUUAAAGGCCGCGUAUAGGAUACGCUAGAUCGGAGACUGGAUCCACUUCAGGAAACUGGAGUUAGUGCACCACAAGAUGGAGAUCACGGUUGUGAAUUAUUAUAAGUCUGACUGCAUCAAAGCAAUCGUUGAAACUUUUGGGGGUUAGGGUUGACGAGAAGCGUUCAAGACCAACGUCAGCUGUGUCUGUAAAAGAGCCUCAACGGCUUUUACAGCACUAUCUCGAAUAAUGUCGAAUAGCUCAGCUUCGUGCCAGCGUGAUUUCAUCCAUACUUAGGUAUGGUGGGCCAGUGUGAUCCAAAGCGCUAGGUACUAAUUGUUAUCGUGGUAAACUGGAAAGUACCUGCAAGCGACCUAUUGGUGUUGGUAUUGAGAAGGCCAGACGCUUUUCCAGACAACUUAGUUCGGAAGAUGUGCGAAGACCCGGACAUCUGAAGUGCGGUCUGUGCAACCGCCUCUCAAAUAGUCCUACAUUUACAACGUGUGAGGUAUAUUAAUAAAACCUAAAUUAAUCCACCUAGCGGUCAGACCCAGCCUUUCUCAUUCAAUUUUUUAUUUGUAAAAAUAGAUUUACAUGAACGCUUCAAACCAACAAAUGUAUAUUCACUCUUUAGGUUCUAAAAUAUUGAUGUUGUAAUCUUUACAUAUAAAAAUGCAGUCAAGUCUGUCUGUCUGUCUGAUCCAUAUAGGCCCGAAAACUAUCGAACCGAUCGACGUAAAAAUUUGUAUGUAGGGAUUUUUGGUGCCGAUAAAGGUUCCUAUGAUAGUUAAAGACCCCUCCCUCUUCUGGAAGGGAGGGGUCCCAUACAAAUGAAACAUAAAUUUCUGCACAACUCAAGAACAAACCAAGCAAAUGAAACCGAAUUUGGCAUGUGGAUGUUUUGAGGGGUAACUAAUAUGUCCAUAAUAGUUGGAUGAAACACAAAUUUGUGCACAUCUCGAGAACUAAUCAACCAAAUGAAACAAAAUUUGGCAGGUAAAUGUGUUUAGUGGUAACAAAUAUGUACAUAAUGGUUUGAAACCCGACUCCCUCUUCUAUAAGGGAGGGAUCCCAUGAAAAUGAAACACAAAUUUCGCACAGCUCAAGAACCAAUCAAUAAAAUACAACCAAAUUUGGUAUGAGAAUGUUUUUAGAGGUAACAAAUAUGUCCAUAAUGGUUUGACGCCCCUCCAUCUUCUGGAAGUACAUGUUUCUUCACAAAUUUCUGCACAUCUCGCGAACUAAUCAACUAAAUGGAACUAUAUUGGCAGGUGAAUGUUUUUUGUGGUAACAAAUAUGUUCCUUAAUCGACCUCAGACAACAUUUUGGAUUGUAAGAUGGCAACUUCCGGUUUCUGGGAAACAGCCGAAAAUGGCCGAUUUCCACCCAAUAUAAUAAUAUCCGGAUCUAGAAUAAUACACAGCAGCUAAAAUCGACCACAGAUAGCAUUUUAAAUUCUAAGAUGGCGACUUCCGGUUUCUGAAAACAGCUGAAAAUGACCAAAUACCACCCAAUGAGUUUUUCUUUAACCAGUAUGCCGUUCAAAAUCCAGAAAUUGUCUCCAAAUGCCAUUAUUAAAUCCAAAAUGGCGACUUCCGGUGUCAGAAAAACAGCGGCAAAUGACCAAAUACCACCCAAUAUGGGUAUUUCCGGAACCGUAAUGGUGCACUGGAGCCACAAAUCGACUUCAGACAACAUUUUGGAUUGUAAGAUGGCAACUUCCGGUUUCUGGAAAGCAGCCUGAAAUGAACGAUUCCUAUUAAAUAUUAGUAUUUCUGAAACCAGAUGCACAGAAGCUGAAAAUUGUUCACAGACACAAUCUUGAAUUUCAUUUGUGAAGAAAAAAAAACAAUCUUGAAUUUUAAGAUGGUGACUUCAGGUGUCUGGCAAACAGCCGGAAAUGACCAACUACCAUUCAAUAUGAAUGUUUUCGGAACCAGAAUUACGCCCAGAUGACAGAAAUUGAUUUCACAGGCAAAUUUAAAGUCCAAAAUGACGACUUUCGGCUUCUGAAAAACAGUCCAAAGUGACCAAAUAUCACCCAAUAUGAGUUUUUAUUUAACCAGUAUCCUAAAUACCAUUUUGAAAUCCAAGAUGGCGACUACCUGUUUGUGAAAAACAGCCUAAAAUAAAAAAAUACUAUCCAAUAUGAGUAUCUAUGGAACCAGAAUGAUGCAAGGAGUUAACAAUUGACGUCAGACACCAUUUUGAAAUGCUAAAUGGCAACUUAUAGGCAACAGUCGGAAAUGACCGAAUAAUACUCAAUAUGGAUAUUUCCGUAAACGUGAUGAUGCAUAGAAACCAAACAUUGACCCUGGACACUAUUUUGAAUUUGAAGACGACCACUUAUAGUUUCUGGAAAACAACCAAUAAUACCUCCCAAUAUGGGUAUUUCCGGUGUCAGAUUGAUGCCAGAAAGUCUGCUGAUAAUGACAGAAUACCACCCAAUAUGAAUACAUUCAGAAUUAAGGCGAUGUACAGAAGCCAAAAGACGAGGAUGUUGUCAUUUCGAUAAAACCAAUCAUUUAAAACGAUUUGUUAUUUGACUUUGAUCAUAUCCUAUGACCGAUUCGUCGUGCAUUUGCAGACUUCAAACAAACCGCAAGGAAUCAAUGAACUUGGAACGUUCAAAUAGUACGACACCACAUUUAAAUUAUGUUGAGGCCACAUAUAUCGAUCAAAGCAGGAAUAGUUUUAAAUAGUCUUUGAAUUUCUCUUCUUUCCAUAACUUUUGAGCCACAUAUCAAAUUGUUAUGAAGUUUGUUAUUUGUAAGAUUGAAAGAUGACUCGUUCGUAUGACACUAGUUAUGUUCAAACAAGUCAUGUAAUCUUUGAGAUAAUAGACUUUCGUUGUUUUAUUAACAAUUUAAUGCAUAACGGUUGCUUAAGUUCGAUUAUAAUCAAAUGAAAUGGGAACGUGUGGGGCAGCCAAACUUUGAAACCACGUGUUCAAUCAUAAUUCAUCAGUUAACCCUUAACUAGCCCGCUCAUCUGAUAAUAAUAAUCAAAUCGGUUGUGUAGUUUCUGAGAUAAUGAAGUUUCGUGAUUUUCACGCACGUUACAAAUGAAGUUACAGUUCGAUUACAGUAAAAUUCAAUACGGUGUUAUGAGGCAGCUAGACCAUUCAUUUGACACUAAUUUUGUGGAAAUCGGGUCGGCCAUCUCUGAGAAAAGUGAGUGAGUCCAAGUAGUCUUCGGAAUAUGUUCCUUUGCAUAGCUGGAUUUCACAUUUUUAAACAUAACAGGCAAAGUAAUAGUCCGAUUGCAAAACAAAUCAAUAGGGUCUUAUUUGGCAAUUAGACCUUCCAUUUGACACUGAUUUUAUGAAAAUCGGUACAGCCAUCUCUGAGAAACAUGAGUGAGAUUAAACAGUCUUCAGAACACGUUUCUUUUCAUAACUUUUGAACCACAAGUUCAAUCUUUAUGAAAUUCAAAACUUGAGGGUUUUCUAAGUAGCCCGUUCUUUUGAGAUCAAUUUUGUUCAAAUCGGUUGUGUGGUUUCUGAGAUAUUGAUGUUUCAUGAUUUUCACAUUUUGAAACAUAACCCCUAAACUAAAAAUCCGAUUACAAUAAAAUUCAAUAGGGUCUUAUGGGGCAACAAGACCUUUCAUUUGCAAUUAAUUUCAUGAAAAUCGAUCCAGCCAUCUCUGAGAAAAGUGAGUGAGAAUAAAAAUCUGCACAUACACACACACACACACACACACACACACACACACACACAUACACACACACCCACACACACAUACAGAAAAUGCUCAGCUCGUCGAUCUGAGUCGAGUGAUAUAUGCCAUUCGGCAAGUGAUUGCUAUACCUUUCUAGGAGAAAGGCAAAAAGGGUGCAUUGAGCACAAAAGUUACUUUUCGACGUAAUACUUAACCGUCGUUUUUGGAAGAUGAUGGCUGGAGACUGGAAAGGGUUUUAGUGGGUUCGGUUGAAUUCAACCCCACUCCCUGAGCUAACCCGCUAUUUUGAAAAUGAAGGCCGGAGAUCUUCUUGGCGUCCGCCUUAAUGUACGUCUCGUAGUCUAUUACAAUGCUUUUCGGUUGCAACAACCUUUCACGGUGCAGCUUGCUGACGCGAUAUUUGCCCACCGUGUUAUGUUUAUCGGCUCAAUAGUUCAGUGCCUUUCUUACCCUGAAUACGUGAAAUCCGGCCUGUUUCUUUGUUAGCUGGACGAACAAGACGGAAGCUUUGACUUUCUAGGCUGUUUAAGCGAUUUUAAUCCACUCGACAUGGUCGAACGGGAGCUUUCCAACUGUUUCACGAUCUACCUCUGGGGCCGCGCUUAUAAUCUUUCGACGAAGCACUUCUUCAGAUCUUCAGGUUUUCAUGAAAUUUUAUAUAUGUGAACAUUAUGCUCUAAACUAGUGUUUCCCAGAAUUUCAUCAACGUUUACCAAUGCAAUUAAAAGUUAUACACAAAAAAAAGUGUUGCAUCAUAUUCGAAUAAAAUCUGUAGUAUAAAAAAUGAACCUAGAAGCAGACCGAAAACAAAGCAAAUCGAAAUAAGAAAAAGAGAAAACAAUAGCCUAAUGGGCUGAGAGCAGACAAGGUAUGAAUAAUCAUGCUAUUUUGCAUUAUAUGGAUCAGAAUAAGCGAUUUAAUGAGGAACACUGGAGACACAAUAAAAACCGAAAAGGCAAAAAAGUCAUGACAGCUAUAAAAGCACACUGGAGUGAAUUGAAAGUAACGAAAUAAAAAAAAACAACACAGAAUAAUACAACAGAAUCCAUAAAAUUUUAAAAAAAUCUCUGUGAAAUAAAUGAAUAAAGAUUGUAGCGAAUGAAGAAAUAAUAAUACAGAUUCAAAACAAGGUAAAAAUAUGCCGAAAAAUAGAUAAAAAGAAAAGAACUAUGAAGUAAAGAUUAAUGAGAAAAUUAAGAAGAAACAGCGAUUCAAUCACCUGCAAUCAUACUGAAAACAUAAUAAAUAAGAACAAAGACAAAAAUCAAAAAGUUGAAGAAGUGUAUAAAAUCAUGACAUCACUCUGAUUCCAUAUCCAUAUUGGGUGAUUGCAACCGUGGAUGUCAAAAUAGCAUCUGUUGUUUAUUUACGGCCUCUGGGCAUCAUCUCGAUUACGGAAAUACCAGUAUCAGGUGGUAUUUAAACAUUCAAUGCUGUUUUCGAAGAACCGGAAGUCAACAUCUUGAACUUUAAAAUGGCGCCUGAAGCUGAUUUUCGGUCGCUAGGCAUCAUCUUUAUCUUUAUAUCAGAUAUAUUUACAGAAUGGAGAUGAUGCCAGUAAGUUUUUUUUUAAUUUCGCUUAUUUUCCGUCGGUCUAGUUCCGCCACUGUUGUUGUGCCAAUCACCGACGCUCGGGGAGGCGACCCGUUGAUUAACGGACAGGCGCCAACGGCUUUACUCCCUCAUGCGAUGGAAGUCGUGUUCCUAGAAAUUUUUCGCCUCAGAAAAUCUCCGGGUGUCGGCUAGGACCAAAUCUAGACCAGUUAGAUUGGUUGUGAGCGGAUCACGCCACCCCACAACCAUCGACACUUAUGUCGGCGUUGGGAUUCGAUCCCAGGCCACUAACGUGGUCGGCGGUGGUGUUGUUAGUCUCACUAAUAAACAGCAUGCAACCCCUCAAGUAAGGUAACUGCCGAUAUCACACACUGGAGAAUUCUCCAUUCACGCUAUUUCUCUUUCUUUCUCGCUGUCUUCCUUGCUCGCAAUCGCUACCGAGAUCAUAUGUACACACGCGCGCCUACUCUUUUACUCGCGUGUAGUCCCCUUCUCGCAAGCACAACCAGCCGAGUACAAUUGUUUCAAGAUGCAUUACGAUAGUUGCGGAAGGACAAAAAAAUAUUUCAAAUAAGGUAACGAACUCUUUCGAUAGCGGUUUGCUUCGGCUGGUUUUGCAUUAGACUGCUAUAAAAAACUUACCAAAGCAGUCCGAUACCCUACACCCUACACAGAUUCUUCCCCCACAUUCGGCUGUCGGCGCACGAAGCAAAACCGGGUAGAUGAAGAAUGCUCAGUUUUUCAAGCACUCCUCCUAGUCGAGCAAUUUUAGUCGAGUACUCCUACUCGCUAGCAGGAACUCGCGUACUCUUUACAGUCGCUGAGAAGCAAUACAAAACAGUUUUUGUGUGUCGGUGCGUGCUUGCUGCUACUCAGAGUGAAUGCAUGAAGAAGAAGGAGUAUCUCGAAAGCGUGUGUGCAAAAGACUUGAGAAGCGUAGCAUAUGUCUCGUUCUCAACAAGAAAGGAGGAGAAUGAUUUUGCUGCUCUUUCGCUUUGCAACGCUGGAUGAUGAUCAGUGACCGACAAUCAACUCGGGCAUUUUAGCCAGGCAUCUAGGAUCGGUUUCCGGGUCUUUGAGAUUAUCCCGGUUUUAAAAAAACGAGUACUGAAAGAUAUGUGGCAUUGUUUUGUAUCUCUAUAAUGUUACCGUGAAACAUAAUUCUGCGUCAAAAACUAAAGUAUGAAUAAUAUUGCCAUGACCGCAAGAAACAAGCAACUAAGUUCUCGUUGUUUUUUCGUGUGUGUUUUCAUUGCCGUUUACUUUGUCCUAACUUACUGGCAAUGAUUGAAUAGUCUUUUGAGGUUAUUCUGAAGCCAUUUUUCGAUUUCAACUUAUGAGCAGAACAGCCAUAAGUUGUUCCAUCGAACAGAACAACUAGUAAUCAGGUGGUACAAUAUCUGGGGAGUAUGACGGGUGAGAUAGGACUUCCCAUUUGAGCUUUUCCAUGCAUGUUUCAACGACUUUGGCACUAUGAUGCCGAGCGUUGUCAUGCAAUAGAAUCAUUUUUCGUACCUCCCAAAACAUGCAAUCGCUUGGAAAUUACUGGAUGGGUAACUUCGAAUACCGAAGUAAGCUGUUCCUGCGUCCAACAUGAAUUCCUAUCAAGCAGCUCCUCCAAGCGUCUUCGAAGGGUUUUGGCUUUGCUUCACGUGAACAGUCAUUAUUAUCGGAACUACCAUUUUUAAAACGACAAAACCAAUCAAGGCACAAUUUCCGUAUUUUUUCCCAUACAAUAAAAUUUUUAAAUAUUAAACGUCAUAUAAAAUAUUUCCUCAUUUAAAUUUCAGUUGCUUAUAGGGUAAUCGCUCCUAUAUUCAUAUCAGUACUUAUAUUCAUCUCAUCACGCCAUUUUGAUCAAUUUAUCGUCAAAUUUUACCAUAUUUUCAACGGAAAACUUUCAACCACUUGACAAAAUCGAGAAGCAAAUAGAUUUAGUUUUGAAAAUUUGUGGAAAUUUAUGGUGAAUUGGACAAAUGAGAGAAAAAAGAUGAAUAUAGGUGCACCUAGCUGUCAGAAAUUCUUUUUCGGUUGAGUUUUUGUAACAAAAACCACCAAUUGAAUGAGAUAAAUUAUUGAAAAAAAUGGUAAAUAACAUGGAUUGUCUAAAUUGUACCGGGUAACCAAUCACUACCUUUCUUUCUCAACAGAGCUGUCACUGAAUACAACCGAUCUGACUUUGUAAACGAUUUUUGGUUGUUAUUGUUGUUUUACUGGCUCUAGUGCUCACGCUACGCCAACCGUAAACUUUACUUUCAGUAGUCACGUAUAAAAGCUUCAGCUUGCAGCAAUUUAGUUUUCUACAGCACUACAGCAAGAGAACGGUUGACUCUUACUGGAAACUUGCUCGACACGCAGGCAGAGCAGCAGCGAAUUUUAGUGCCGCAAGGCUGAGCAGACGAAUCAUUCCGCCGCAACGUUCGAGAACAGACGGACGAACCGAUGCACUGUACAGCAUCGCUGAAAAUGUCCGGAUAUUAAUUAUUUUGUCUGGAUCUGUCGCGUUGCGCCUCCUUGCUAAUAGCUGUGGGUAUGCCAGUAUCGUGUUUUAAUGACCGUUAUAUCUUGUUCACUUGAGUGCGAAGAUUGAAGAAGUAAAUAUAUUUUUCUGUCACUCACCAAAAUCUUGAAGCGCUAACAGCUGCGUAAAGAAUCGUUUUUUUUAUGUUAUUGUUAUGAUCGUAAUUUUUGAAAAGUUAUAGGCUGGGCUGUAGCUAACCUUGCAUGAGUGUUAUCCAUUCAAUGUCAAUCAAUUUUCAUUCUGAAAAUUUCCGCUUGAAUCAUUCUGGUCUCCAAUUUCAAAUAGUUUCGCUGUGUGCUGAUUGUGAGAAAUAAAAAUUAAACCGAAAUCGCUAAAUUAAAUAUGCUUGUCUUGGCAGUAAACCUACUAACAAACAUCUUUCUGAUUCGAUAUGUAUGAAGUGAAGACGCUUAUAUAAAAGAGUUUCAUCCAUUCAUUUAAUCGUAGACCUAUGUUAAAAAAACGAUUAAUAUAUACGUUGGUGGGUCGUUUUCUACCCAUUUGAAAUUUGUAUGGUAACCCAAGGGGAAAUUGAUGAAAUAUGGGAAACACAUAUUAUUUGAAUCGUCUUCUUCGUGAAACUUCACAGAUUGUUCAUUUUUAAUGACAAUUUCGGGAACAUAUUCGUUAUUACUACCGACUCAACAUUUCAAACGAUUAUUUUUUUUUCUUUGUUCGGAAUAGUGUUAAUAAUAAUUCUACGAGUGUACACAACAAAAUCACAAUGAACUAUUGAAUAUCAUAUCCAUGAAAAUCGCAUUACAACAUAACGGGUCGAAACGAUCCAGUCUAACCGAAAAGUCCCAAAAUCAAAAAUGACUAUUGCCAUCUAGCGAAAAACAUCUGAAGAGGGGUUUUUUCGAUGCCUUAAUGUUCAAGCAACAAUGUAAAGAAAUUUCAGUCGAAUAUCAUAAUCAGUUCUGGAAAUAUCAAUUCGCAAAACAAAAAGAUUGGGUCGAAAAGGACCCCGACGUAGGUCUACGGUUAAUAUAAAUUAUGGUUUAUAUCGCUUUAACGUAUCAUCAUUUGAAAAUGCACAGUAAGAUAAAAUUGCAGGAAAUACUAGCGUAACAAUUCCGUCUACUAUUUGUUUUGAUGGAAUAUAAAAAUGCCGUAGUCCAACGCGGUCGGGUCUUGGAUACAACCCUUCUACUCAGGCUUCUCAGUUCUCUUCGGAGAAUCACUGUAGCGUGUGUUCACUAUGAAAACAACAUCUCUCACACUGGUGGGUAAAGCAACGCACUUACUCGAAGAGAACUUCGAAUCGUGUGUAUCUGAGUAGCUUGCAAAAAAGAAACACCGCGGUUGAAUCUGAAAUAUCUCUACAGAGAGAUAGUAAACUGGUGUGACCUGUUUCUCACACCAAAAAAAAAAACGCUCAAUAUUUAGUGCGGAAAUUGUUACGCGCAACGCGCUGGACAAGAAGAGAGUGGUGAAACAUGAAACAUGAAACACGAAAAGGAAAAAUACGGAAAUUUGUACCAAAAAAAUUAAAAAUGAUACCGGUAGCAAGUCAAGUAUUGAGUAAAAAUCCAGCGAAACUAUAGCCUCAUGAAAGGCAGUUUAAAAAAUAGAAAUUAUGAAUGCCUUUGGGAACAAUUCAAAUUUGAUCUGCUACAGGAAGCUCAACAAAAAUUAAUAAACAUCAAAACCACAGAAACGGCAAAGAAGCAGAAAUUAAACAAAACUUAAAAACGAGCGCAAAACGAAUCAUUUGAAUUCUGCUUGGGUUAGUUCGGACUCGUUUUUUUAUAUGUUUUAAAUUCAGUUUUAACUCAAGGUAAUUCUCUUUGACAUGCAGAUCAUGAGUUAGAAUCUUAGUAGAAUCAGACCGUUCGAUGUCAAAGAGAUUUUUACGCGUGGGUUCAUUCUCGGGCUUCCCACGACUCUAUUUGACCUUUCCCUCACGAAAAAUUUUCGGAGAAAAAGUCACAAAGGCAGUUAUAAUUGCCGAUACUUGGCAUGUAGAGGAAAAAGUAAAAGUGUGAAAAUCCGUUUGUUACCACGGUGAUAAACUAACCCUCCUCUGCGUAAUAGUCGUUAGAGGGGCAGUGGUAAAAUCGGUCUCUGGCAACAACGAUUGUAAAACAUUCUUUUUCCCUUCUCUAAUCGACCGUUAGGACGUGGCCGGAACCAUUAUCGAUAUAUACAAGGCGGAAGCUACUGAAUUAUUGUACAUUGUAGAUGGUAAAUUAAUCUCAAAUUAGCCAUCUGACACUGAUGCCUUGCACAACUUCACAAGCUCAAAUCCACCACGGAGGAGCAACUGCGAAAUGUGCAAGCGCCUUAGAGAAGUUUUAUCCAUCUUAAAAAACUCAAGUGUGAGUGACAAUAAAAUUCAAAAUCUCACUUUAUUAUUGGACACUAUGUUACUCCUUUGAAGAUAGGUUUUAGUAUUUUUUCAAACUUUGUCAGAAUAGUUUUUUUUAACUUUUUAUAGGUGUUUUCUCGUAAGCAGUUUUUCACGUUUUUUAUUUUUCAGAAAGAGGUUUUCGAAGAGCCUUGACGUAGUUCAGAAUGCUUCAGUUUUUUAGGGAAGCUCGUACCCCUUGAAAAUACUAGUACAACAUCAUAGUUUUUUUGGGCAAUGUUUUCAGUAUUUUUCGAAAAAAAAAAUUUGUUUUUGAUUUGCUUUAAAGUCAAAUAGUAACAUCUGUUAUUUCAGUUCAUCUUUGAUUUGCAGAGUAAGGAACAUAAAUUAUGUCUUGUAUUUUUCGUAGAAAAAUUGAUAACCGUUACACUAUUUCAGAACUUUUUGAGGACCCUUUGUUGCUGAUUCUACUACUUAAUCCAACAAGAAAUCGUCUAUAUUUUAUGAUAAUAGAGAACUGUCGUGCAGCCUGGAGUAUAGAAAAAUGAUUCAGUAGCGCAGCAUAUCCAGAAAAUCGCAGCUAUAAAUAAGUGCAUCUCACUGUUCCAUCCACGAUAUUUGGAAGUAGUUCCAAAAAAAACAGCACAACAUAACAAGCCCCAAGCGAAUUCCAAACAGCGACCAAUGCCAUACAUUUUGCCGAACAUAACGAACGCUAUAGCAUACCUACAUGAUCAGCCAAAUCCUUUUCGUAUCAAUCGGUUGAGCCCCUUGCAUUGAUAGAUCUGAAAAGGUUUUCCCGAUUGUUCAGUAUGGCAUCAAUGUUUGGAAUUUGGCUCGAUAGUUUAAUAUCCAGUGUACUGCCGACUGGAAAAUAUAUCAUAACAAAAAAACUAGUAUGGUUCAAUAAUCAAACAAAAUGUUAUCAUUUUUCGUAGCAGAGAGUUUAAGAUUCCAAGUAGUGUUCGCUUAGUCAAAAGGAUUGGAAAAUAUAACAUUGUAAAGCAUGAUCGCAGCGUGACAUUUUAUAAGAUAUUCCCCAUAAAUAUAUCAUUAGAAAAAAAAACGAAUACCCAAAAUUACAUGGGGUUUCAUUGGACUGAAUGAUUUAUUUUAUGUAGAAAACUGUAUAUGAAUUAAGUGAUGAGCCGUGAAUCUAACCGUUUUUCGUUAAUAAAAGUUUACGUUCAUGGAAGCUGUCGGGUGCUGGAA